CGAACGCGAGUUGAGGAGGAGGAGGCGGCAGUCAUUGAGCUUGAGCUUGAGUCGCGCGCGAUCAGUUGGCGCGUGUGCCACGGAGGACGGAGGGAUUGUAUACAGGAGGGUUUUGUGCUCCCGGAGUGUGUGUUGCGGUAGAGGAGGAUCGCCGCGCGAACGGGGAACGUGUGUUGUUGACGGCGUUGGACGUUAACACGCGCCGCGACGCGCGCAGCAGCGGCAGCAGCAGCAGCAGCAGCAGCAGCAGCAGGUAGCCGGAGAGCAACAACGUCAGGUCGGACAGCCCGAGGAGCGCCACCGGCUUGUUGUCAAGAUGGCGUCCAAGGGGAAGCUAGACGACGAGCAUGGCCGCUCAGACUCGUACAGGGUCGCCACAUUACCCAACAUUCGUGACGACAACAAAACCGCAGAUGGGAUGUACAAGUCGCGGCGGAAGAACCCAAAGGGGCGGCGGGGGGACAACCUAGAUGACCUGAAGCAGGAGUUGGACAUUGACUUCCACAAAAUCUCACCCGAGGAACUAUAUCAAAGAUUUCAGACGCACCCCGAAAACGGCCUCAGCCACGCGAAAGCGAAGGAGAAUCUGGAAAGAGACGGGCCGAAUGCCCUGACGCCGCCGAAGCAGACUCCGGAAUGGGUCAAGUUCUGCAAGAACCUGUUCGGCGGUUUCGCUCUCCUGCUGUGGAUCGGCGCGAUUCUCUGCUUCAUCGCGUACUCGAUCCAGGCCUCGACCAGCGAGGACCCGAAUGACGACAAUCUCUACCUGGGCAUCGUCCUCGCGGCGGUCGUGAUAGUCACGGGUAUAUUCUCGUACUAUCAGGAGAGCAAGUCGAGUAAGAUUAUGGAGUCGUUCAAGAACAUGGUGCCGCAAUUCGCCACCGUAAUCCGGGAAGGUGAGAAGCUCACCCUACGGGCGGAGGAUCUCGUGUUGGGCGACGUCGUCGAGGUGAAAUUCGGCGACCGGAUACCGGCCGACGUCAGGAUCAUCGAGGCCCGUGGAUUCAAGGUGGACAACAGCUCGCUAACGGGCGAGUCCGAACCGCAAUCGAGGUCGCCCGAGUUCACGAACGAGAACCCACUCGAGACGAAGAACCUCGCGUUCUUCUCGACGAAUGCGGUGGAAGGCACGGCGAAAGGCGUGGUGAUCUGCUGCGGCGAUCAGACGGUGAUGGGAAGGAUCGCAGGUCUCGCGUCCGGCUUGGAUACCGGCGAGACGCCGAUCGCUAAGGAGAUUCAUCACUUUAUACACCUCAUUACCGGUGUCGCUGUCUUCCUCGGCGUCACAUUCUUUGUCAUAGCCUUCAUCCUGGGUUAUCAUUGGCUUGACGCCGUCAUCUUCCUAAUCGGUAUUAUCGUGGCGAACGUACCGGAGGGUCUCCUCGCUACUGUGACCGUGUGCCUCACUCUGACCGCCAAGCGAAUGGCCUCGAAGAACUGCCUGGUGAAGAAUCUCGAGGCUGUGGAAACCUUGGGCUCGACCUCGACCAUCUGCUCGGACAAGACCGGAACCCUCACGCAAAAUCGUAUGACGGUGGCGCACAUGUGGUUCGACAAUCAGAUUAUCGAUGCCGAUACCACGGAAGAUCAGUCGGGCUUGCAAUACGACCGCACCAGUCCGGGAUUCAAGGCGCUGGCGAAGAUUGCGACCCUGUGCAAUCGUGCCGAGUUCAAGCCAGGCCAAGAGGGCGAACCGAUUCUCAAGCGAGAGGUUAACGGCGACGCCUCCGAGGCCGCGUUGCUCAAGUGCAUGGAACUGGCAUUGGGCGAUGUUAUGGGCAUUAGGAAACGCAACAAGAAAGUCUGCGAGAUUCCCUUCAACUCUACUAAUAAAUAUCAGGUAUCCAUACACGAAUCGGACGAUCCCAACGAUCCUAGACAUCUCUUGGUGAUGAAGGGUGCUCCCGAGAGGAUUCUAGACAGGUGCUCGACCAUAUUUAUCGGCGGCAAAGAGAAGCUUCUCGAUGAAGAGAUGAAGGAGGCGUUCAAUAACGCGUACCUGGAAUUGGGCGGACUCGGCGAACGAGUGCUCGGCUUCUGUGAUUACACACUGCCGUCCGACAAGUUCCCGGUUGGCUUCAAAUUCAAUGCCGACGAUCUCAACUUCCCAGUCGACGGGCUCCGCUUCGUAGGCCUGAUGUCUAUGAUUGAUCCGCCUCGGGCCGCGGUGCCCGAUGCGGUCGCCAAGUGCCGUUCCGCCGGCAUCAAGGUCAUCAUGGUUACCGGUGACCAUCCGAUCACUGCCAAAGCCAUUGCCAAAUCCGUCGGCAUCAUCUCUGAAGGUAACGAAACCAUUGAAGACAUUGCGCAACGGUUAAAUAUCCCGGUAUCCGAAGUAAAUCCUCGCGAGGCUAAAGCCGCAGUCAUUCACGGAACAGAACUCAGGGAACUGAACUCCGACCAAUUGGACGAGAUUCUCAGGUACCACACCGAAAUUGUGUUCGCCCGUACCUCGCCUCAGCAGAAGCUCAUCAUCGUUGAAGGCUGCCAGCGAAUGGGCGCAAUUGUUGCUGUAACUGGCGAUGGUGUGAACGACUCGCCUGCUCUGAAAAAAGCUGACAUUGGUGUCGCUAUGGGCAUUGCUGGUUCGGACGUCUCCAAGCAAGCAGCUGACAUGAUUUUACUCGAUGACAACUUCGCUUCGAUCGUAACAGGCGUGGAAGAGGGUCGUUUGAUCUUCGACAACCUAAAGAAGUCCAUCGCCUACACCUUGACCUCGAACAUACCCGAAAUCUCGCCUUUCUUGGCAUUUAUCCUCUGCGAUAUCCCUUUGCCGCUGGGCACCGUCACCAUUCUUUGCAUCGAUUUAGGAACUGACAUGGUGCCGGCCAUCUCGCUAGCCUACGAGGCACCGGAGUCGGACAUUAUGAAACGGCAGCCACGCGAUCCUUACAGAGACAAUCUAGUCAACCGAAGGCUUAUUUCGAUGGCGUACGGUCAAAUCGGUAUGAUUCAAGCCGCGGCCGGCUUCUUCGUCUACUUCGUCAUCAUGGCUGAGAAUGGAUUCCUGCCUAUGUAUUUGUUUGGUAUCCGGAAACAAUGGGACUCCAAGGCUAUCAAUGAUCUUACCGACAGCUACGGCCAGGAAUGGACCUAUAGAGAUCGCAAAACGUUGGAGUUCACCUGUCACACAGCUUUCUUCGUGUCGAUUGUAAUUGUGCAAUGGGCUGAUCUGAUUGUUUGCAAAACGCGCCGCAACUCGAUUAUUCAUCAGGGAAUGAGAAACUGGGCUCUGAACUUUGGUCUCGUGUUCGAGACCGCCCUCGCUGCGUUCCUAAGUUACACACCCGGUAUGGAUAAGGGUCUUCGUAUGUUCCCACUCAAAUUCGUAUGGUGGCUGCCAGCUUUGCCGUUCAUGUUUGCUAUCUUCAUCUACGACGAAACGAGACGAUUCUACCUCCGCCGAAAUCCAGGCGGCUGGCUUGAGCAAGAAACUUACUAUUAGACGCAAAAAAGGAUUAAAUCAUACGCAUGCAGAACGCGCGCGCAAGAGAAUGAGUGAACGGACGAAAGAAUGAGAGCGAGAGUUAGAGCGAAAGUGAGAGAGAAAGAGAGAGAGAGAGAGAGAGAGAAAGAAAGAGAGAGAGCGCAAGAGAACGAGAGAAAGAGAGAGAGAGAGAGAGAAAGAAUGAAAGAGACCGAGAAUGCAUACUCAUACCUGAGAGAAAUACACUUGAAAAAAAAAAAAGAAAGAAAACUAAAGUAAAUCACUCAUGUUGAACAGAUGUAACACAUUUCACAAGAGAUGUGCUAUCGAGUCUGUCCAAGUCACGUGUCAAGAGAGCAACGGGUGAACAACAAAGGACGCGCCAAUAGUUUGCGCUGGCUCUCACACGACAAAAGAGACGCGAGAUUAUUGUAUACAGACACGGAGAGGACUAGUGCUAUAUAUAUAUAUAUUAUAUAUAGGGUACAGCGCGAGGUACAAAAAGCACGCUCGUCGUUCUUGGCUUCGCUGCCAAAAUUGCUUGCACGCGCGUGUCGUUUCGCCGUCGAAAAUUGACCCGAGUGUUCGAGAGUUCGUCCAUGAGAAGGAGGCAAGUUUCGAGGGGAAUUCCACCAUUAAUUACUAUCACGCAAAUAUACGAUGCCGAUCGGGAAGCCGCAGCGGUUCUCGCUCCGCGUCCAGACUAUAACAACACGACUACGGGGCUUUCCGGGUGACGAAUGGGACGCUGCCGUUGUCAAAUCUGGCUGGGAUAUAACUCUGCGAGCGUCGCUCGAAGAUGGAACGAAGGAACGAGAGAAUGAAGUAGAAAAAAAAAAUCGCUGAGUUGACGGCGCUGCAGUGCGACUGAGAUGCACACGAGUGUUAGGCCUAAAGAAUCGUGAUACGACGCGACGAAACGUAGAAAGGUAACAAAAAAAUAAAAAUAAAAAUAAAAAACAGCAACGAGACCGGAAAUCCGAAACGGCAGCGAAAAUGGACAUACUCGAGAGAGAGAGAGAGAGAAAGAGAGAGAGGAGCGUUUACGCGCGAUAGAGAAUCACGGAAUCAACGCGCGUCCUUAUGUAUGUCGAAUGCGAUUUACUACAUUCACGCGACUUCUUACUAUUAGUGGCGUAUUAAUAUUAGACAUCUUUGCGUUACUAAGAAACUUCGUAAUAGGCUUUCAUUGAUCGUCGAUCAAUGCGCGCAAAAUAUCGGUACGCUAAGAUCGGCGCACACACAUACGUACACACACACACAUACACAACACGUCCUCCAUUGACAAGAACUUUAUCUGGAAGACGGAAGAUGAAAGACUCACUGAAAAAUGAAUCGGAUCAGAGAUCGUCGCGA